CGCGCUAGUGAGCGGACGUGUUUUAUUUGGCGGUAACAUGAAAGAACUUGAAAUACUUCACGCUGUCAAAUAACUAAUUUGGUGAACUCUUUUUAUGUUUUUUUUUCUUUUAAUUUUAUGUUUUAAAAUGACACAGAGUUUAAAUAAUAUUUAUAAAAAUGGAGAUGAAUAAAGAAAUCAAAGACUUCAUUUUACAAAGCUUGAGUGCUGUGGAAAAUCGCCUUGGUAAAACAAUUGCUGGAAUCCAAGACACAGUAAAAACAGAAAUAGAAAAUACUCUUGGCUCUCGUCUAACAAACAUUGAAAAAAAACUGGUUGACAUUGAAAACUCUCAACAAUUUCAAGCCGACCAAUACGAAACUUUUCGGACACAAGUUGGGAAUCUUAUGCGUGAGAACAUUGAUCUGAAAAAGGAAAACGAAAGUUUGGCCUCUCGUAUCAUCAAGCUAGAGAAGAAAGACGAUCAACGUGCUAAAACAAUUGAUGACCUUGAGCAGUAUGGUAGGAGAGAAAUGCUCGAGUUUGGUGGUAUUCCGCGCGAUGAUAAGGAAAAUUGUGAAGUAAUAGUCCUUAACAUAGCAGAAAAAAUUGAUAUCCCACUAAAGGAAGACGACAUCGAAGCAUGCCAUCGCAUUUCACGCAGGCCUGAUGCCCCUAUAAUCGUCAAAUUCAAAUCGAGGAAAAAGAAGGAGCAAUUCAUGUCAAAAGAGUCAAAAACCAAAGCUAAGAAACUUCGCACCACAGAUCUCGGUUACGAUUUGCAGCCCGACCCUAAUAACCCAAACAAAGGAAAAAUCUUCAUCAACGAAAGCCUGACCAGCCGUCUCAAAAACCUACUGCGCCUAACGAAGAUCAAAAAACAAGAAAUGAACAUUAAAUUCAUCUGGACACGAAAUGGCUCAAUAUUCUUACGAAAAGAUGAAAAGGCCCCAGCCCUUAAGGUAAAUUUCAUUGCGGACCUGGAUAAAAUAGAGUGAGAUACU